UAUGCAAUAACUGACGACAUGAGCCAUUGACUAACGGGAAGUAAUAUCAGUUGAUACGAAGCUGAAUUAAUAUCUAUCACAUAAAUUUCUUCAUUUUUGUAUGCUUAACUGUGAGAAGGUAGGAUUUAGAUAAAUAGGCGACACAUGAACUGUAGUUAUGGCGAACUCUGUAUUACUAAAAAGUAUUAUUAGGUGCAUUAUUCAAUAUGGAUUGAAUGAUCAUGACAACGGGAUGUUUAUAGACAUUAAAGGGUUACAGUUCUGUCUAAAAAGUGCUGUCAACCCAUCCUUUUUUAAUCGGUAUAGGCAGUUCUUUCGAGUAUCUGAUGACAAAUAUGAUGUUUUUUUGGUUGUUCGUGCCCAAUUAUGUCCAAAUUUCUGUUCAACAAAUGGCUGUAACGAUUUUUACUGUCAAAUGUUUCAUAUUUGUAAGUUUUAUAUGCUAUCAAAUUCCUGCCAAGCAUCAGAAACAACAUGCAGAUAUGGCCACGUUCUUCAGGAUGGAGGCCACAAUGAAACUUUGAUGAGGUCUUUAAUGCUUGACAGUUUGUCAAUGGACGAAUUAAGACUUCUUUUUCAACUGGCACCAAAUAGAACUGAAGCAGCAAUACCCAUGUUGUGUAAAUUUUAUAAUGGAGGAGGGGGAUGUAAGAAGGGUGAUAAAUGUACUUGCCUACAUAUUUGUCGACAUUAUAUUUGGGACACCUGUAAAUUUGGACCAAGGUGUAAAAGAGAUCACAACAUUCAUAGCAUAGAGAGAUCUUUAAAUAGAUAUGGCAUUGAUACAAGUAAAACCCCAAGAGAAAUCUUAAAUUAUUUGAAAGAUUUGUAUGACAGAGUUGAACCUCACGAAGAUGACCCUGAUUCGAGAAGCGGGAGGUUGUCUCAUGCAGCGCCUAUGUCUUCUGUAGGUAGUCGAUCCAGCUCAAGGUCUGGUCCAAGAUCAGCUCGCUCUGAAAGACCAAGACACUUUUCAGAAUCAAGCAGUUCACAAUAUCUCCAUAAAUUUGAUAGUUCUGCCAAUGACAAGCCACCAUCAAGACCAUCAUCAAGACCAUCUAGGGCUUUACGGUCAGUAUCUAGACCACGUACAAUCUCUUCAAACAUACCGUUGGAUGUAGUCCCAAACAUAUGCCUGUUUCAUUUACGUGGAAAAUGUUGGUAUAAGGAGAGAUGUCGAAAUGUUCAUAGGGAGAUGUUGUACCAGUGGCAGUGUGCAGACAAAGACGGUAACUGGCAAGAUUUUCCAGAGAAAACUAACAUUGACAUUGAGAAGAAGUAUUGCUCAACUGAUAUUGAAGAGGAAUUUUAUUUCAAAUGGAAAUCAAAACAAAGGGAUAAUGUUACCAUUGUUAAAAUCAAUCUCAAUGAUAUUGAGAAGAGUGAUUUCAAGGUACGUCGAUUAUCAACAGUGGACUUUACCAGUGACACUAGUAACUUUGAUCUACCAUGGACCACUAAAUGGCUGUGGUACUGGAAGUCAGAAACAGUCUGGAUUCCAUAUGGAGGACAGGAUAAUGUGGGUUCUAGAGCUGAUAUAUCAUCUGCAGAUAUCGAGAAGAACUUCUUAAAUGAAAAGGACAUAACUAUGGAAUUCAAAACCAACAGUGGUUCCCCAUUGUUUCCCAGUCAAUCAUAUGAAAUCAAAUUCCAUCAAAUGAUUCAGAUAAAUAAAAAAUAUGGCACUGAAAGAAAACUGGCCAGAAGACCAGAAUUUGUGGAUGAAACUGUACUUGAGCAGAGAAUUGAAAGAGUAAAACGCUUGAAGGAGGUCCAGACAUUUUCUACACCACCAUCAUGGAAGCUGCCUAGUGAUGUGGAUGUUUUCUCACAUUUUAAAAUGGUUCAGCUGGAAGAAUCUAGUGAUGAAUAUGACGAAAUAAGUGAAAUAUUUAAAUCUGGUUUCCCCUCACCAGUAAGAUCAGGAAGAAUUAAACGGAUUGAAAGAAUAGAAAAUGGAGAGCUGUGGAGGGCAUUUUGUGAAACUAAGGGUGCCCUUGGCAGAAAAUUGAAACGAGAAGUAGAAGACAGAAGACUAUUCCAUGGGACAGAAAGUAAAAUAGUAGAUGCUAUAGCAAGACAGGGAUUUGAUUGUCGUUUAGCUGGAACUAAAAUUGGUGCACUCUAUGGUAAAGGAUGUUAUUUUGGUAAAACUUCAAAAAUCUCAAGCGACUAUUGCGACAGAUUGGGGAAGAUGUUUGUUGCAAGAGUUUUGCUAGGAGAUUACACCAACGGGCAUACACUUUUUACACGACCACCCUUAAAGGAUCCCUCUAAUCCUUGCAGUGAUUUGUAUGAUUCUUGUGUAGAUAAUACCAUUGACCCUAAGAUAUUUAUUUUAUUUAAUAACAAUCAGGUAUAUCCUGAAUAUCUGGUCACUUUUCAAAGUUAAUUGAAGAUAUAACUUUUGAGAUUGAUAUUUCUUAAAGACAUAUUGAUACUACUAAAGAUAUAUUGAUAUUUGACACUUUUAACUAGAGAAAUAUUGAUAAUUCUUACUAAAGACAUGGAACAUAUUGAUGAUUUUAAUUAAAGAUAUAUUUAUACUGCUAAGAAAAGAAAUUUUAUUUUAAUACUACUACUUAAUAUAAGAAAAUGUUGUAGACCAUGUUAAUACUUCCAUUUAAAUAAAAAUUAAUGCUUUAAAUGGUAUUUAGAGAUAUACUGAUUUAAUACUUCUAGCUUAGAUGUUGCUUUGAUAAACCUAACUAAACAUAUUUCUAUUCACCUUGAUUUCUAAUCACUACUACAGGUGAGCACAUGCUGUAAGACUAGAAAAUAAUAAAUUCCACUGACUACCUGGGCUGUACUGAUAAUUGUACCCCGCCAAUUAUUAUGUUGGGUUCGCCCGUCUGUCUGUCUAUCUGUCUGUGUCCGUCUGUCUGUCUGUCUGUCUGUCUCUCCGUCAAACUUUUUGGGACCCAAUAACUUUAUUACUAAUUGAGCUAGAAUGUUCAAACUUGGUUUAGGUGUUUAUUAGGUUAAUGCCUUGAUGGAGUUCAAAGAUGAGCAUAUUCUACUUAGGGUAAGCAGAGAUAUUCAAUUUGAUUGGUUGAUGCUUUGGGACACGAUAACUUUUGUUUUAAUUAAGUGAGAGUGAUGAAAUUUGGUAUGUAGUUUCAUUAUAUCAAUACCUUGACUAAGUUCGAUAAUGAGCAUUUUCUGCUCGGGGUAAGCAGAACGAUAAGCAAUAUGAUUGGUCAAGACUUUGGAACACAUGCUCUCCUUCGAAUUGAGGUACACUGUUCAAACUGGGUGUACCUUGACUAAGUUCGAUAAUGAGCAUUUUCUGCUCGGGGUAAGCAGAACGAUAAGCAAUAUGAUUGGUCAAGACUUUGGAACACAUGCUCUCCUUCGAAUUGAGGUACACUGUUCAAACUGGGUGUAGGCGUUGAUUGGGUGAAUGCCUUGACGGAGUUCAAAGAUGAGCAUUUUGUGCUUAGGGUAAGCAGAGAUAAGCAAUUUGAUUAGUUGAUGCUUUGGGACACAAUAACUUUGGUUCUAAUUACGUGAGAGUGAUGGGACUUGGUUUAUAGUUUCAUCACAUCAAUACCUUGAUUAAGUUUGAUUAUGAAAGCAUUUUCGGCUCAGGGUAAGCAAAGCGAUAAGCAAUUUGAUUGGUCGAGACUUUGGAGCUUGACAACUAUAUAUAUAACUGAACAUCUAGACCUACCUGUGGACAAUACCCCUCAAGUAAUUUACCCUACUGAACAUCUAGAGCUACCUGUGGACAAUAACCCUCAAGUAACUUAACCAACUGGGCAUCUAGACCUACCUGUGGGCAAACCCCUCAAGUAACUUACCCAACUGAGCAUCUAGACCUACCUGUGGGUAAUAGCCUUCAAGAAGCUUACCCCAUUGAGCAUCUAGACCUAACCGUAGGCAAUACCUUCAAGUAACUUACCCCACAAGCGUCUAGACCUACCUGUGAGCAGUAUUGAGCUUCUAGAUCUACAUUGCAUCUACAACUACCUGCUGCCCAACUUCGGACGAAACUUGCCGUUCCUACCUACUGUCAAUAUCCGACUAGGGAAUGGUAUAAUACAAUACUUAUAAUGAUUUACUUUCAUUUGUAUACCCAAUUUAUCUCUAGCAACGCAAAAAAAAGGCUUGUAAAUCACAUAGUUCUAAUACAAAAAUGUUCAGAAACCUUUUAUGUAGUAAGAAACAGAUUUGAGGGGGUGAAAACCAUGUAAGUCUGAAAUCUUAAAAAUGAACAGUCGUCAGCUUUUAUUUGACAUAACAUCUGAUAGGGUUUAUUUUCAUAUGUAGAAAAACAAAAUUUUACGCAAAUCCGACAAGUAUCUGAAAAGUUAUGAAGUUUUUUGUUCUUCUCUAAAAUUUUGUUAGAAUGACACUGACGAGAUAGAGAAUUGUUACAGAUUUUUUGUUUUGAAAAUUUCUUUUAUAUUAAAAGAAUUGUAUAGUGUGUAACAGAAAAGAGUGGAUAAAAAAAAAAUUAAAAAAAUGUCAAGUAUAUUGCUAAUAAUUGCUUUGAGUAUAAAAAAAACCCUACUCACCUUGACAGAAAAAAAAAGAAAAAAAGUAUUUACAAAAUCCCAUCUCCCUCGUCUUUUUUAAAAUGUUAAAGCUAAAAAUUAAAUUAUGAAUCGACCAAUAUUGAAAUAUUUUUAAGUUUGUAUUUUUGGCUAAACUUAUAUACUAUUAAAAUAGUAUUUGAGGUAAAAAGUGCCUGGGUGCUUAGAACAAUUAUUGAGAACUUAUCAGGAUGAAUUUUAAAAAAAGAGCUUCCUAGUUAACUUGAUGGCACAGGUAGGCCUACAGCUUAUUUUAUGUUUCUAGAAAACACAGCAAGUGGCCGGCUGUUAUCUCUAAUACAUAUAUAUGCUUAAAUUUUUGUGAUAAAUGUAUUAUGUUUAUUAGCCUAGGGUUUCACACUGCGUACCUUGUGUGAAAUACUAUUGUGUUUGUUAAGAUUAUUAUUUUUCGUCUUCUUAUUAUUUUUUUUUCCACUGCAAUUUGUACAUAUCUGAACGUCUUUUCGGAAGCAAAUAUUAAUUUUUACAAAUUUGAUGUAUCAUAUUUCUGCCAUUUUGAUUUAAUGGUGAAAAAAGGUGUAAAAUUUAGCUAUUUACAAUCUACACAGCGUCUUCAUAUUUUGUUAUAUAUGUCUUCAUAACUUUUAUAAACCUGUAGAACUAAUGCAUACAAAGACAAUCUAAAUAAAAAUGUAACGAAAGUUUUUUUUAAAUUUCUUUUCAUUUCAUAUGAUUUAAAUGUUUUAUCAGUGGGUAUUUGGCAUCUAUUUUAUGUGGAAAUCUGACACCCGUGAAAUUCGUCAUAACUGUGUUGCAGUUCUAGUUUUAUUUUGAGAUGUUUCAUGUGAAAAGUUUAAUUGAAAAUAAAAGAAACUUUUGCUGGGACAAAAUAACAUGUUUUUAUAGAAUAUUGGUUUUUAAUUUAAAUAUUUUAAGCAAGCUACAAUAUAAGUGAUGAUACAUAUAAUUAUACAGUUUCAUUUAUUUGUUGAUUUUUUCUUAACCUGCAUUUAAAUAUUGUUUAAUAAAAUAUGUUUUUGUA